AUGGGCGCUCCGCCUGCGCGCGCGCGGGCGGCACGGGGGAGGCCGCUCUGGCGCUCGUCCCUGAAGGCGGCGGCGUCCGCGCUCGCACACGUGGCGUGCCUCUGCGAACCGGUGUGCGCCAGAGACGGGCCCCUGGGCGUCCAGGUCGACGCCGUGGCGCCGAGGAGGACCAGCCGUUCUGAUGGUCGUUCUCCACAGGCACCUGUGCCGCCGGCGAUGCUGGCGGGGGAGUGGGCGGGGGAGUGGUCGUUCUCCACCUUCAGGGGGAGGUCGCUGAACGAGGACCUGCUGAUGCGGCGGUUCGUGCUAGCGGAGGAGGCCACGCGGCGGCGCGUGCAGAUGGAGGUGGCGGCCAAGAGGUACGGCCGGUGGUGGCUGCCGCCGGGGCCCAGCCGUCUCAGUGAGAUGUCGCUGGCAGACGACGACGUCGCUGAAGACGAAGCGGCAGAGAGCGGUUCGUCGUCGCCCUAG